CUGUUGUGAAUAUCAACAUUCCUCGACGGAGGGGACUAAGGGGACUGCUUAUGCUACUUUUUUUGAUUUUAUGGUGCACUUUUGCCCAUACAUUUGAUGUGCUCGAGUCGAGAGUGAGACAGUUGAGUUCUGUAAUUCGACGUGUGUUCUCGUUAAUCAACUCCUCCUCGCCUGAACCGUCUCGUGGCUUGAGAAUAUCGAAAAUUCUUUCGCGAAUCAUCGUAUUUUAUUUUACAAAUGACUGAAUAGAUUUAGUAAAUUUUUCGUAAUAAUUUUGAUAAACUUAUUUUUUGUUAAUUUUUCAAUAAUGGAUUUAUUGUGCGCCGAGAAAAUCUCAGCCGACAAUUGUUGCGCUAUGAAAGAUGGGACAGUAUUUGAGGACGAACGUGUUCUUCAAGAGUUAUUAAAUGUGGAACAUUUAUACGUUCCUAAAUGUGAUUAUUUUAAGACAGUGCAAACGGACGUUGAACCAUUUAUGCGGAAAAUUGUCACCAAAUGGAUGCUAGAGGUUUGCGACGAACUGCACUGCGAAGACCAAGUGUUCCCGUUAGCUGUAAAUUUAUUCGAUAGAUUCCUAUGUACUUGCGACACACCAAAGAAAUUCCUACAAUUAGUGGCUGCCGACUGCAUAUUGAUGGCGUCCAAAAUUAGACAAGCUGUUAUCGUAUCCAUCGAUACUUUAUGUUAUUUUACAAAUUACAGCGUAACUCCUUGCCAAAUGAGGAAGUACGAAUUAUUACUGGUAUCGAAGUUGGACUGGGAUCUAGCGGCGGUAACAGCUUUCGAUUUCGUAGAUCAUAUUCUGCAAAGGAUCAAAUGGAGUAGAAAAGACGAUAUGAUUCGCAGGCAUUCGCUCAUUUUACUACAUCUAUGUUAUACCGAAUGCGAUUUCAUGCGUAUGAAACCGUCGACAAUUGCCACAGCUUGUAUUAUAUCGGCGUUGAAAGGCCUUAAAGCGCAAUUAGACUACGAUACGUUCAAGCACAUAUGUAUGUUAACCAGUUCGCCUAUUGAAUGUGUAGAACAUGCGGUCACCACGUUGGAAUGGAUCGUUGCCAAAGAAUCAGCCAUUAUUCCUGCAGCCAGUGCUGCGAAAAUGGCCCCAUGCUCGAACGGCGCUUCAGAAAAAAUGCUACCAGUGAAUACGGACGAAGAAAAGCCCGAAACGCCUACCGACGUGCAAGAUGUGAAAUUUUAGUCGUUCAAAAAAUUGAGUCUUUUUAUUAUUAGGUUUUUCGUUCUUUACUUUUUUUUUAUUUACCAUUUUUUUCUUCGUCGUAUCUUUUUUUUAUAUUAUUUUUAGGUACCUAUUAUUAUUAUCAUUAUUGUGAUUAUCGUGUAAAAAAUAUCGACCGCGAAUUCGUUAUCGUGGUUUUUCGUACAAAAAAAAAAAUUAUGCUGCUGUAGGCUGACUCGAAACCAUAUACGACGAUUUGACCGGUGUGACGUGUUAUUCGGAUGACGUAAAAAUCAAAUCACUAAAAUAGAUCGGAAUUUCAAGUUUUCCCCCAUUUCGAAAUGUCUCAUUCGAUGUCCCACGAGACACGAAUCUGUAAAAUUUAGUUUCAACUUUCUCUUUUCAAUUUCCUGUCAUUCGUACUGAAAAUUGAAAAAAAAUUAUUUCGCCUUUCGUUCUUCUCUAUCGAAAAAUCUGCGUUGAAGGUUGGAAAUGACUCAAAUUUUCAAUUUUUCGACCUGGAAAACAUUGAAAUCGAUAGGUCACAUGAUAUGUUUUCCAAUGGGUACUAUCACCCCCCUCCCCCACCUCAUUUUUUACCUUUGGCCGAAAAAAUUUCAUGUAGAGGUGAAAAUAACAAAAACGUUGAAUUUGUGGACCUUAAAAACAUACAAAUCGAUAAACUAUAGAUAGAUGAUUUCUAAAGGGUAGUUUUUAUACCCCCUCCUCCGCACUCUUCCCUCCAUAUCGGCUCUUAAGGGUAGUUUCACCCCUUCUGAUUUCACUUUACAUCUUCCUCGCUUUCUCCAAACCAAAAAAUUACACUUUGGUUGAUUUUUUUCGAAUUGAAAACAUGUCAGUUUAUAUGCCACUCGGUAUAUACUUUACCAAGGGUAGUUUCAUCCCCCCCCAACUCAUUUCACUCUAAUCAUGAUAUUGAAAAAUUUACACUUUUGGGUGAAAUUUUCAAAGAAUUUGAAUUUUUGGCCGAAAAAAUCUGUUAGUCGAUACGUCACAUGAUAUUCAAGUUGAAAAGGGUAGUUUCAUCCCCUCCAUCUCAACUCACCCCAAUCAUGAUAUUGAAAAAUUCACAUUUUUGAAUGAAAAUCACAAUAAAUUUGAAUUUUUUGAUCUUUAAAACUUGUCAGUCGAUACGUCACAUGGUAUAUAAGUCACAGGGUGAUAGUUUCACCCUCUCCUCCCUUUCCAUCCUUAUUGUUCGAUUGAAAAAUUGAUAUUUAUGGAUGAAAAUCGCCACAAAUUUGAAUUUUUUACCUAUAAAAAUUGUCAGUCGAUACGUCACGUGGUAUAUUAGUCGCCCCCUUUCCCUUCCUUUUUACAUUUCUUUCCUCUUAUGAAUGUAUUUCUGGAAUGCUUCUACUUUAUGUGUAUUAGAAAAAAAGGCCAAUUUACGUCGUACUUUUCGAAACAAAUUAUUGAUCGAAUAAUUUUAAUCAUUAAAAUGAUUUACAACAACCCUUGGGUGUAGGCUUUUGAAUAAAUAAAUGGAAAAUACAGUUUUAAAGGAAAAAGAAAACUGAUUAAAAUCUUUUCAAGUGGAAUUAGAUCAACUUGAAAUUUUCGACCGAAAAAAUAUCUUCGAGUUACUACGUAAUUAGUUACUAUUUUGAAAAAAAAGUAAAAAGUGAAUAUUAAAUUUUUAUAUCUAAAUUUAAAAAGAAAAAAAGUGACCAAUUUGUGAUUUUAAAAACGAAAAAUUUUAUUUUCCAUUUCAAGCUUAUUUUUGUUUACUUUUAUUUUUUGUAUCAAGUAUGGAAAUGUUCAUUGAUUUUUAUUCCUCAGUCUUCGAUAUGGGUCCGAGACCUCUUGGUUCAUUCCCUCCAUCUUUUCCCUUCCUUUCUGCUCAUAAGUAGGCGCUCAGAUGUGAGAUUCUUAUGGAAGUUUUACUCUUACAUCAUUAGUCAUUAUUCAAGUACCUACUUUGAGGAUAUUUUAGAUGAUUUUGAAAAUUAACUCUUCAGUGUAAUGUUGAAGAAAGUUUUAGACUUUUUAAAACAAAACCAAAAAAAAAAUGAAAAAUUUUUGAAAAAUUUAAAAUGAAAAAAAAAACAAAUAAAUUGAAUAAUUGAAAAAAAAGAUUUUAUUUUUAUUAGUUAAUGAAUCGAAUCUAUUUUAUUUUCUGCGAAAAUAUUAAAUUAAAUUGUUCGAAGAAAUCGUACGAAUGUUUUCUUCGAUAAGCUAUUGUUUUUCAUUUUAUCAUAUUGAAAUCAUGAAAAAAUACAUAGAAUUAUUAGCCAAUUUUCAAUUAUUUGUGAAACAAAAUACGAAUCUGAUUAGUAGGUAAUUUAACGUUACACCAACAAUCAGAAAUCAGAAAUGUUGAUGUAAUCCGCGAGCACCGGACCAAUACACGACGUAUAUUUUUCGAGGAAGCGUUAUUAGACUUAAUAAAAUCGAGAGCUAUAGAAUCAACAAAGACUGAGAAAAUUCGUCAAAAAAUUAUAUAUUUAGAAUAAGAAUCGAUCAAUUAUUAUGUAUAAAUUCGUUAGGUUUUCGAAUAAGUAGUGAAAAUCGUGUUGAUGGUGUGUACUUUUACUCAUAAAAUGAGUUUUUCAAGAUACCCAACCGAUAACACUGUAGACUGCAACGCGUGUAUUAUAAAAUAUGUAGAGUACAUUAAUGAAAAAAAAAUGUAGAAUUUUUUUCAUCGUUUGUGGAAAAAUUUACGCUUAUGUUCAAAAAUAAGACAUCAAUGAAAAGUGAUUUUCUCUCUAAUUUAAAAUUUAAAUUAAAAAAAAAAUAAUAAAAAACAUUAUAAAUGUACGCUUAUUAAGUUGUUUAAGAGUUUAGUUAUCUAGUAGGUUAUAUAAUGAUUCGCAUUGAAUUUUUAUCCUGUUUACUUGAAUGUGACAAAUUUAAGUUAUGUUUUUUUUUUGUUCUCGUUAUUAAACCUUUAUAUAAACGUGUAUUUUGUAAGUUACCUACCGAUCUUUUAUAUUACUGAUUAUUUUAUAAUUCUCAGGACCCAUCUACCUAUGUGACAUAAUCCACUUAUUAUUGUUUUUUCGCAUUUAAGUACAUGUAAAAGUUAUCGUUUUUUACUAGCUUAGUUCCCAUUACUAUGUCGAAAGUUACACUAGAAUUUGUAUAUUUUAUUAUUUUUGUCGUAUUGUAAAGUGUAUAAUUUCUGAGAAUGUAUAUAAACUGUGAUAUUGAUUAGAUUUAAAAAUCAAGCAAAAAAAAGCAAACCGACAAAACGCGUUAUAACGUCGUUAACUGCCCACGCUCAUCGAUUUGAAUCGUUUAUUAUUUUUUUUUUACUUUUGGAAAGCCAAAGUUUGCAAUUGAACUCGAAAUAUGAAAAUAUGUACGAAGUUUUGGAACAUCGGUGAUUUCGCUGAAUUACUAGUUAAUUAUUGAUGUAUUGAUGUUUUUGUUUAUUAUUUUUCAAAAAAAUGAAAUUAUUGAAAUAGGCAACUUUAUUGGUGUUUCAAAGUGUGUAAUUUUUUGUAUUUUGUAUUUUAAUUGUUGCCUAGGCUCGAGGUUAAAUUUUUAUUUUUUUUGUCUUCUGUGUAAGAGUAAGUCCAGAGAGAUGCAAUGUUUUUGGUGUAUUUUUUAUUAGGUAUAUAUCGUGUUAGAUUAUUUACGUUUAUGAGCAUUGUGUUAUAAAUAUCUACCUACAGAAUUUGUGUAUUUUUAUUAAUAAUAAAUCGUAUUAUUGAAAUUCG